AUUUUUCUUGUAACGUAUUUUUUUUUUGUUUUGUAUAUUUUAUUUUACAUGGUUUAAAUAUUUCAAGAGAUUAGAAGAUUUGAUUGAUAUUUUCUACUACAAUGGUUUUAUUUUAUGAUGUAUUAUUCGUUUUAACAAUUGCUCUUUCAACUAUUUUGAAUUGAAAUGAUAGUUCUAAUUACUGUAUCCUUAAACCAAGUCUCAUAAACGGUCAUACCAAAGUCGGAAAACUCGGCAUUCUGCAUAAGAGGCGACGACAGUGGUUUGUCGACCUGCUGAUUUUAUCUUUACUUACUGACAACUGAUUAUAUUGACGCAGUUAGGGUCUAAUCUUUUUUUCCUUACUCGAAAUGGAUUCUAACUUAGAAUGUUUAACGAUUCAAAACAUCUCAAAAUUGGAUAUUAAUCAGGAUUUCGCUCAGAAAUACCUGGAAUAUUUGAUGACCUUAAUCCACAAACCGGUGGACUUCAUUCAAGCUGCAGUUGUUAUGCAAGCUUUGUCAUCGGUCUUCGCCAAGAAAGUUGAUAAUUUGCAAGAGCAAGUUUUACAAUUCCAUAUUAUAUUUCGUAAAUUGGAACUCGGAAGAUUGAACGAAGUUGGCGCACCUAACGAGGAAGAAGAGGGAGAUGAUCCUGAGAAUCGUGAUAGAGCAAAAUCGCAGAAAAAGAAAAACGACAAGGAAGCUUUGUUGAAUCGUUUCGAAGAUAUUUGUUCGGAUGUCUCCCUUAUAAGAAAAUCUUGUAUAAAAAAAUUCACUUACGAAGAAGUUAAAAAGGCUGAUUCUUUUUUGGUUCGUAAUAAAAUCUCCGAAUGUCCCAGAGUGAAAACCAAAGAUGAUUUUUCUUGCUACAUUUACGAUAGUAAAGAAGAAGUUUUGGGCAGAAAAGAAGAAUUCAGUAUCAACGGAAUCUUGUGUAACGGCGUGAUUCCCAAAGAAGACUUUUGUCUAUCAUGUGAUCAUGGCGAAAAUGGCGCUGCCAUUGAUGAUUCUGUUUUCAAUGUGCCAGCCGAAUCACAUCAAAUGGAUAUUGAUACAAAUCCGCCUUCCGUAAUCAACCCCAUGGAAAUUGAUCACGAACCUCUCGAUGUACCACCUUCUCCUGGUGAUCCUGGGUCUCAAAGUUAUCAAAAUGUUGUCGAAGAAUUCCUCAAUAAUUCCAAUCUCGAUGAAAGUGAUACGUCUGGAUUUGCUUAUUUCGAAAAAAUGAAUAAAGUUGGCGAAGCUGUAGUAAACGUCGAUCAAAUGAUUGAAGCUGUUUGGAAUCCUAUUUGUGAUAACAACAAAGCUAUCGAAAGACAAUUAAAAACAAGAAGUGUCGUCAAGCUGCCUGAAUGCUUGAGAAAGGAGGAAAAUAUAUCGAAAUGUGAAUCUUAUCCCAAUAAUUACGUGUUAGCUGAUUUGCUGCUUGGUAUGUUCAAAUAUAAAUCCGGUCUUCCGUUCAGUAGCUGUAUAGCCAAUGGGUUGCAAAAAGAAGAAGAAUAUCGUCGGAAAAUGCUCAUGAGGGAAAACAAAAGAAGACGCAAGAAAAGAAACAAUCCUACUGUGGAAACCGAAACAGAAUUUCGUGGAUUUAAUGCGUUUGGAGACGAUGAUGACCGUGACCAUGGAAUAUUUGAAAAUGAGAACGACAUUGCGCCUUUCGAGGAUGUUAUGCCUUCGAAUGAUUCCGAUACUCCAUUGUCGCCAAAUCAUCCACCUGCAGGUCACCAAGAUUACUUGGAAAACGCUAUUAAAAAUAUCGAAGAGUACCAAAAAGGAUUACAACCCCAUCCAGACGAUACAAUUAAUGAAAUCGCGUCUAAAGUAUCCUCCUGGCACGAUAGCAUAAGGCCUAUAUUAGAACGAGAAGAAGAACGUACGUGUUUCGAUAUACACGAAUACGGUUCGCAAAUUUUACAGAAAUUUCCCCAAAACAGCGGGAAAAAUACAUUAACGUUCGCCAGCGUAGUAGAAAAUCAACCCAGAGAAGAAAUUCCUAGAUUUUUCCUCUCGUCGCUUCUACUGGCGAACUCCUAUAAUGUUGCUAUAUCCAGAGACGAUCAAAAUGAACUCGGAGUUAACGAUAUGAAUUUAACUGUACUUAGUCGAGUCCGUCAGCACGAAACGUUAGACCAAGAUAUGCGAAAAGAUUACUCGUGAAAACUUUAUUCAUCUUAUGAGCUUCUUUAUUUUAAUAUUCAUGAAGUGAUCUCUCUGGUUUAAUUUUGUUCCUUUAUAUAUGAAGCGUUUGUUAACACGUCGUAUUCAUUAGGAAAAAACGCAAUUGUAACAUCACGUUACCGUUGAAUGAUAUCUCGUAUUUUCUUUCAAUUUUUUAUAAGAAUGCAUUUUUUUAUAUUUCGAUAUUUUAUACGAUUAUUUAUUUCUAGUUGAUACAAAAGCCAAUUCUUAGAGAUAUUUUUGUAACUUUUUAUACAACGUCUUUGUUUUAUAAUGUUACAAAUUUAUGUUACGUUUAUGUAAAACAUGUCAAUGGUUGUUUAAUAAAAAUAAUAUGUAAAAAUA